AUGGGAAAUCAUAAAUCAACAGGAGCAGAGUCUGAUAAGAAACACAAAUCAGGAUUGAUUAUAAAAACUUGCACUUGGAGCAAAGACUCUCAUUCAUUGUAUGAUUAUGAAAGUCAAAAGCAGAUAAAAAAAGAUGUUAUUCCUGUAAGCGGAACAUGUAGCAUAGUGAGAGUAGCAGACGAAGUUAAGCAAGAUUCAUAAUCGGAAAACGAAUUAUAGAAAGAUAAUUUGUUUCAGAUAAAAUAGAAUAGAGGCGGAUAUUACUUUUCACAGGAAUGCAUGUAAUAAUAGAAUUACGAUGGUUUAAAUAAAAACUCUGCCUGGAUAGUCGUCAGAUCUCUACAAAAUCUUUCAAAAAAUAAGACAUAAGGAUUCUAGCUAAGUGCAAAUGACUAUAUAAAAUUAGGAAGAGUCAGAUUUAGAGUAAAAGAACUAUCAAUCAAAAACUAAAAUACCACAGACAAAAGCAGCGCUAAUGAUACUUCUGAUAAUAAGGAAUACACAGGAGAAAACAAAGAAUCUUGUCGUAUUUGUUUAGCAGAUACUUAUACUAAGAAAAACAGAUUCAUCUAACCAUGUAACUGUGCUGGUACUGUUGCUUAUGUGCAUGAAGAAUGUCUCCAGUAAUGGUUAAAAAGUAAGAUUCACUGUAAGGAGACUUCUAUUCAUUCAUAUUACUCUAUGAAAAACCUAGAAUGUGAAUUGUGCAAGUUUAAAUAUACAGAUGAAAAUUCAUUCGUGGGAAAAAACUUUGAAAGCGUCCUGAUAUAAAAACCUAACUGCCCUUAUUUAAUGCUAGAACUUUUGAGCAAAGAAAAGAGUAUUGUAAGAGCAAUACAGCUUAUAAAAUUUGAGAAAGUUUCAUAAAUAAUACUUGGACGUGGUAGCGACAGCGAUAUCAGGAUUAGCGAUAUUAGUGUUUCUAGAGAGCAUGCAAUUAUUAAACUCGAAAACAAUAAAUUCAUUAUUGAAGAUUAAAAAAGUAAAUUUGGAACUCUUAUUCUCAUUUAAAGACCAAUUGAGCUAAGUCCAAGCUUCAAUAAAAUAGAAGUUUAAAUUGGAAGAUCUAUUUGUUAUUUCUAAAUCAAGAAGCAAUCUAACUUUUUAACAGCCUGCUGCUCUGGAAAAGGAUCUAAAAAGAAUGAUGUUAUAAACAGUACAGUUAUCAGCAAAGCAACUUAAGCUGAAUUUAUGGAAAACGAUGCAAGAAUAAAUGUUUCAAAUCAAUACAUGUAAGAUGAAGAAUAAAAGAAUUAAUUUGAGUAAAGUAGUCCUUUGAGACAAAACAGAGUUAAUGGAAAUGGAGCUAUGAUUGUCAGUCCUUCUCGUGUUCCUCAGAGAGGUGGUGCUAUUGGAACUAGACAGAACUUACCUGAUACUAUGUAGCAUAUUUUCGCUACAAACCAUUAAAUAUAACAGCCCCAGACAGUAGAAGAUUUGCAAAGAAUGGAAGAAAUAUAAAGAAAUAUAGAAAACGAAAACAAUAUUUAUAGUAAUAAUACCCAUAAUAAUAUAGAAAAUCCAGAGAAUGAAAAUUAGGAAUCGCGAGUAAACUAAGUUCCUACUUUCCUAUAAAACAACUAAUUUUAAAUAAACAACAUUUCUGAUAAAAAAAAAUGA